GACUUCACAGCCCCCUGCCUCUCAUAUUGCUGGCAUUGACUUUUCUUUCUUCUUACAGAUAUUAAGGGUAGAAAACAUACAACAUGGUGAAAGGGAAGAUCACUGGGCUCUCAGUUAUGGAUGUCCGGUUCCCAACCUCAUUGGGUCAGCACGGUUCUGAUGCCAUGCACACAGACCCUGAUUACUCCGCAGCAUAUGUUGUCAUGGAAACUGAUGCAGAAGACGCUAUAAAAGGCUACGGUUUAACAUUUACCUUAGGAAAAGGCACAGAGAUUGUGGUGUGUGCUGUGAAGGCGCUGUCACAUCUUGUGGUUGGAAGAAAUCUUGAAGAGAUUGUUUCUAAUUUCAGAGAAUUCUACAGACAGCUUACAAGUGAUGGCCAGCUCCGAUGGAUUGGUCCUGAAAAGGGGGUGGUACAGCUGGCUACCUCAGCAGUGCUCAAUGCAGUUUGGGAUUUAUGGGCCAAACAAGAAAAAAAGCCUCUUUGGAAGCUGUUAGUUGAUAUGACUCCACAACAGUUGGUGUCGUGUAUUGAUUUUAGAUAUAUAACAGAUGUAUUGACUGAAGCCCAGGCACUCGAAAUUCUUCAAGAUGGCAAACCAAGACAAGAAACGAGAGAGGAACACAUGUUAAAGAAUGGAUACCCAGCAUACACUACAUCUUGUGCUUGGCUUGGCUACUCAGACAAACAGCUUCAAAAGCUAUGCUCUGAUGCCCUAAAGGCAGGCUGGACAAGAUUUAAAGUAAAAGUUGGGGCUGACAUACAAGAUGACAUAAGAAGAUGCAAACUUAUCCGGGGCAUGAUUGGCCCUGACAAUAAACUGAUGCUUGAUGCAAACCAGAGAUGGGAUGUAGAUGAAGCUAUUUCCUGGGUAAAAGAAUUAGCAGUGUUCAAACCCUUAUGGAUUGAAGAGCCUACAUCUCCAGAUGAUAUACUUGGUCAUGGAACAAUUUCCAAGGCUUUAGCACCUCUGGGAAUUGGAGUUGCUACAGGAGAGCAAUGCCAUAAUAGAAUAAUGUUUAAGCAGUUUCUACAAGCCCGAUCCCUUCAGUACCUCCAGAUCGACAGCUGCAGAUUGGCAAGUGUGAAUGAAAACCUUUCUGUUCUGCUCAUGGCCAAGAAAUUCAAUAUUCCCGUCUGUCCACAUGCCGGAGGAGUUGGACUCUGUGAGCUGGUCCAACAUUUGAUCAUUUUUGAUUAUAUCUCAAUCUCAGGAAGCCUAGAAAACAGAAUGUGUGAAUAUGUCGAUCAUCUACACGAACACUUCAAAUAUCCUGUGACUAUCCGCAAUGCAGCUUAUAUGCCUCCACUGGAUCCAGGAUAUUCCACUGAAAUGAAGGAAGAAUCUGUGUUAUUGUACCAGUUCCCAGAGGGAGCCAUCUGGCAGCAGCUAAUUCAUAAGAAAAAGGUUGACGUUUCCAACUCCUAGCCAAAGCUAAACUGGAAUUUUGAAUUACCUAGGAAUUUAACAGAAAAUUUCACCAAUGGAAAUGCCUUUUAGACAUUAGAGAAGACCUUUGAUUAGGAUUAAAGGAGUAUUCCCUUUUAAAGCACCAAUAGCACAAAAUUAAAUAUGACGACACAUUUCCCAGUUCAAAGGUGUAUUUCCUUACCAUAAUGUCAUCCACUUUCUGUGAAGGAGCAGCAGUGCACAUUCAUUCUGAGAAUUCAAGGGGACUCAGAAAAUUAUAGCAAGAAAUGGUCAUUUUCAUAUUUAAUGAUCGUGGGGCUCUGACUGCCCAGGAAUUGGUGGAUAUAGCAGUAACCGCCUUAAUCCAAAGCUUUUCUUUACAUUUCCAAUGUGUACUGCACAUUUAUUCUGGUGUACAUUAGUAAACUUGGUUGCUGUUAUUGUUGUAAGAAAAUACAUUUUGAUCAGAGUCCUGUUAUAGUACGAAACUAUUGUAGCCUUCUCCACUCUGCCCGCUGUACAGUGGUCCCUCAACAUACGAUGUAAUCCGUUCCAAACGGACCAUCGUUUGUUGAAACCAUCAUAUGUUGAGAGAUCCAUGCAAUGUUAAGUUUAGGACAGUGGUCUUCAACCUGCGGACCUCCAGAUGUUGCAAAACUACAACACCCAGCAUGUUGGGAGUUGUAGUUUUGCAACAUCUGGGAGGUCCACAGGGUCAAGACCACUGGUAUAGGAAGUUGUACUCACCUGUCCCCGACGCUCCGUCAAGACCUCUGCUUCCCCGGCAUCCUCGCUCUCCGUCAAGUCGCUACGCACGCCACUCCUAUUGGAUGACGGGACGGCGUGCGCAGCAACGUGAUGACGAUGAUGGAGAGCGCCGACAAUGGAGGGGAUCUCGAAGAGGACGCGCCGGAGCCCCGAGGACAGGUAAGUGAUCGUCAGUGGACCACACGGGGCACCGUUAACGGCUAUCUGGUGGCAGCUGAAGCAGUCUGCGCUGCCGGAUAGCCGUUUAUGCGAUGGCCCUGACAUACAAAAGCAUCAGAUGUUAAUGCUGCCUUCAACAUGCGAUGGCCUCUGAGAGGCCAUCGCAUGUUGAAAUUAUCGUAUG